AUGAACGCGAAUGAGAAUGGCGUUUUAUUACUGGGUAAACUCAUGCGUCGAGAUCGUCGUUUAUUUACGUGGAAAUGGCGGGAUUUUGUACUGGAACGUACGCGACUGCAAUACUUUAGUGAAAAGGGUAAUCGAAAAGGUGACAUUCCCUUGUCAGCACAUACUCCCAUUACAAUUCGGAUGUGUAGUGAACCGAAACCAUUUGGUUUUCUACUUUUUAUCAAGGAUACAAAACUGACAUUGGCAGCUGCAACGGAAAGAGAAAGACAUCAGUGGAUUGAUGUUUUUUGUGACGUGUUUCAUGCAAGUGUAGAACAGACACAGGCUGAUAACAAAGCCGAACGAAGAGCAAGACCUACGUACUUGCCUAUCCCGGAUCUAGGCAUUGAUCAUGAUAGUAGCACUUCCAGUAACUUGAUGUUGUUACAGCAUACAAGUGCCAUGACGAGCACUGAAAGUGGUGAAUUUGGUGAUGAAGAUGGCUAUUCAACUCCUGUCAUGGAGCAUAAUGUGCUCGACAAGGAAAACAUGAAACGUGACUCAUUUGAAGAAGAUAUGAUUCCAAUCUUGGAAUCAAGAAUGACGUACGGACCGUUGAAGGAAAUGUACUCACGCAUUACGUUUCCGCCCAAUUUGGCUAAUGGAGACUUGUUAGUGGGUGUUGGACCGGUUGUACGUCGUGUCGGAUGGACGGACGAACGGAUUCUGGCUAUGGGCAUGUACAUUGACCCGGAAACGGCGACGAAGGAAUUGGAAAAGUUUAGUGGUCGUGUCGCUAAAAGUUUAUAUGGAGACCAGCAGUUUUACGAUCAUCUGCUCUUCAAUACGACGUUCCGACGUAGUUUUGUUGUUACUGCCCGAAAGCGCGUGUCCAAAUCGGUGCUUACGGCGCUGCUACGGGAUGGAUUGACUCCACGUAUGGGACCCAAUGCUACAGCAACUAGCACGUUCCUUGGUUUCAUUGAAAAGUCAUUGAAGAAAGCCGAGUCCAUGGUCAUGCAGAUACAUGAGGACGACCGUUUUGAGUAUCGACUGCGUGGCCAAUUGUACCCGCCAAUCGCAUCGCAUGCUCUUUGUAAGUGCAUUCAAGCUCUCUUUUUCGACAGCAACUCGAUUCAGCACGAUGCAAAACGUGGUCUGAUCGAAAGGCUUCCAUCGCUGUGGGGUGGUGAGGCUCUAGACGUACAAGACGAAAUUUUUGGCAGUCUUCGUGAACGACUCCAGAGUAUUGAUAGUGAAGAUGAAGAAGAUUCCGAGUCUGACGAUGACAAUGAUGAUGAGGACGACAGUGAGGUAGAAGAUCUUUUUGGAAGUCCUGAGCGUGGCGGAAAUAGUCAUCAAUCUCAGGAAAACGCAGGAAAGGAUGAGAACAAGGAGAAUACUGACGAGCCAGAAGAAGAGCACGCUGUAGCCAAGGCAGGCAAAAGCAGUCAAUCCAAGAGAAAUAGCAGUCUUGAUUCACACAGGAUUCAUUGGCAACCCUCGACCAAAGAUGAAUGGGCUGAAUACGACGAUAAUGAGCUUGAGAUACUGCGCCGCCAGAGUCGCAGUGUUAUGGUACAUUUUGGUCCCAUGGUGGAUCGGGACAGCAGCGUAAUGUUCAGCGGAGACUUGGUUGUUGAUGGCAGUGCAUUACUGGGGACUUGGUCACACAAAUUUUCGCUGUCACUAGAUGAAAAUGACGCACCCAACGAUUGUCGCGAAUACCAAUUCACGGUGGGACUCUAUGUGGAUCCGGGUGCAAUUAGCGAAAGCCUACUAAAGUUCAAGGGCCUCUCAAUCGGUAGUAUUGUCCAGGAUACGAACUACUUUCAGCAAUUUUCGAGGGGCAAGUUCCAAAAGCAUCUUGUCUUUAAAGUGGUCGCUACGAUGAAGCUUCGUAUCUUGCUCGAAUUUUUCGAUAUACGCUUCCGAUCCGUGGUGUCAUCGUUUGAAGAUUUUACAAAGCAUCUUGACAGUUUAGUGGAACUUUGGGACAACAAAUACCCGCAGGAGCAUCACCAACAGCUAGAGCUGAACCCGAAGGAUGAAGCUCGGUUCUCCAUUUCUGCUGAUGGAAAUAUGGCCUUGAGCGUGAAAAAGCGCGGGUCAUUUAAAGAUGAUAACAAGCAGAGCGGUGCCUCCCUAUCGUCUGUAAGCGAGGAUAGCAUGGAUGUUACUGCGUCAACAUCCACUUAUACUAGUUCGGUGAGCGUCAAUACUCUUUCUCAUCGCAAAAUUUCCGAGAUAGAGCUGACGCUUCCCCCUGCACCGUUCCAUUUAGCUUUGGAGAGUUUGGUAUUCGGCUUCCACGCCAUCGACCCAGCGGCUCGGGCUCAGCUAAUGGAACGCGUACCAAACCUCCUAGAUCUUGCACCAGAUGACCUUGUGCAUACCUAUCACGAUGAGAUCCAGGCGUUGCGUGAGAACUACAAACGCCAAAAGCCGGAAAACCGCGUGAAAGUAGGGUAUCUGUCUAUUUCGUUUGAGAAGCGCAAGCUGCAAAAGAAUACAGAGAAAGGUGGCGCCAAGGAGGUUACCAUGGUACCUUCACGGUGGUCUAAGCGCUGGUGCCGGCUAGAUGGAACAUUAUUCUCGUACUAUUCGCACAAACGGUCUCGUAAAUACCGGGAAAUGAUGGAGCUUACGCGCUGCGAGAUUGUGGAGAUCACGACAAACAGCGGCCCAGAUGUCGCGCGGUUCGCGUGGGACAAGGGUGAGACUGAUAGUAUUCGCAUCGCGAUUACCAAACCCAACGGUGAAAUCUUGGCAUUGCGUACAGAAACCAUUUACGAAGGCGAGGAGUGGCUAGAAUCCCUCACCGAUGCGAGCAAGGUGCGGCGUCAUCCUGGUGGUCCGGACAAUUGGGCCACUUGGGACGCAAAUUUGUCCCAGCUGCGACGUCAGAGCAGUGGCAUCCCCGACGUGCAACCCAACGGUGGUGAAAGGAGUGGCUCAUCAGUGUGUGCUUUAAACAAUGAGGGGCACUCCGGUGUGGAGGGCCAAGACUCAGUAGUGAACAGCGAGGUCCAUGAAGGCUCAACUAAUCUGACAUCGAACAUCACACACGAAAAGGACGAUAGCUGUCUGGAUGACGAAAAUGGCGACGAAUACGAGAGUGACGAAGAUCUAGUUGAGAAGGACGGCUCACUGCUUGCCUGGAUGCAGGAGGAUCCUCGUCACGCUGUCAUUUCGUUCCUGCUGAUUUUCAUCGUGUACCUCGCGUCAGUAAUGCAUCGCAACCCACCUAUUCUCGUGAACAGUAUUGAGCUGCCUUGA